UUUGGCAAGGGGAGACUACUAAAACUUGAGGUGCCGGUGGGUUGUUGUCAGUCAGCUGGGCAACUUCGUAUGUUACAAGAGAACAAGCGUUGGUGGAUUGCGAUUUAACACAGAUUGAAACAGAACGAGAGGAGUAGAUUCUAGAUCUAAGCCGAGAAUAAACGCAAUUACAAUUUUGACAAUGGCAGCUGCGAUGAGUGCUUCUGAUCCGAAUUCUUAUUCGGAGCCUGAAAAAUGUAAGGUUGUGUCUCUGGACUGGGAUGUCUCCAUUGACUUCGAUGCCCACAUCAUACGAGGGUUCGCACAUCUGAAGAUAGAAAGGAGAAUUCCUUCAGACACUUUGGUUCUGGAUGUACAUAAAUUGAAAAUAGAACAAGUGACCCUCCAAGAGUCGGAUGAAAAGCUUCCCUUCGAUAUCUCCAACCCCCUUAAUGUGCCGUAUGGGUCCAAGCUUACCAUACAGAUUGCUACAGUGAAAACAGACAGCUUCACAGUGAGCAUAAAGUAUGAGACGUCUUCCACAGCCUCUGCUCUCGACUGGAUGAGACCCGAGCAGACGGCAGGCAAACGCCAGCCUUAUCUGUACAGCCAGUGCCAGGCUAUUCAUGCACGGAGUUUGCUCCCUUGCCAGGAUACACCAGGUGUGAAGUUUCCAUACACAGCCAAGGUGCGAGCCCCCAAGGUGAUGACAGUGCUGAUGAGUGCCAACCGCCUGGGCACGGAGCCGGUGGUCGGAGACCCUGACCAGCUGACCACUAGCUUCUCCCUGAAGGUGCCCAUUCCUAGCUACCUCCUGGCCAUCGCCGCUGGAGACUUGGAGAGCAGAAACCUGGGGCCACGCUCCAAAGUCUGGUCGGAGAGAGAGCUGGUUGACGCGGCUGCUUAUGAAUUUGCUGAGACGGAGUCGAUGCUGAGGGCGGCGGAAGACUUGAUGGGCCCGUACGUGUGGGGAGACUACGACCUGCUGGUGCUGCCCCCUAGCUUCCCGUUCGGAGGGAUGGAGAAUCCCUGCAUCACCUUUGUCACCCCGACGCUGCUGGCCGGCGAUCGUUCCCUGGCAGACGUCAUCGCUCACGAGAUCUCCCACAGCUGGACGGGCAACCUGGUCACAAAUGUCACCUUUGAAGAUUUCUGGUUAAAUGAAGGUCACACAAGGUUUGUGGAGACAAAAAUCGUGACGGCUCUGAACGGGAAUCCCCUGUUCUGGGACCUCAAGGCACAGGCAAGCCGCGAUAAGUUGCAGGAGGCAGUGAGCUCACAGAUCGCCAGCGGUGAGGAGCCCUACACAAAACUGGUGCCAGAUCUGCGCGGAGUGGACCCAGACGAUGCUUUCUCGGCCGUGCCCUACGAGAAGGGAUUUGCCCUUCUCAACUUUCUGCAGACUCUGCUAGGGGGCGCUGCCGUGUUUGACGUGUUCCUGAGAGCCUACAUCGAGCACUUCAAGUACCAGUCUAUCAGCACUCAGCAGUGGAAGGACUUUCUCUACUCCUAUUUCUCUUCCCAGGCUGACCAAGACAAGCUGAACUCUGUUGACUGGGACAAGUGGUUGUUCGAAACUGGGAUGCCACCCUACCAGCCAAAUUACGACUUGAGUCUUGCACGGCCUGUUCUCGACCUCAGUGCUCGUUGGGCUGCGCAGCCGGACUCUAACUUGGACUGUUUUUCGCCGAAUGACCUUGAAAAUGUUUCCAGUCUCUUGAUCAAAGAGUUCCUGUCUUCGCUAAGCAGCGUUGAGCCACAGAUUUCCCUGGCCAAAGUCCAAAAGCUGGAGGAGGUCUAUCACUUCAACAGUGUGAGGAACUCGGAGAUCAGAUUUGUCUGGUUGCGUCUCUGCCUGAAGGUGCAGUGGAGAGAGGCCGUUCCGUACGUCCUCAACUUUGUCAACGAGCAGGGACGGAUGAAGUUUGUCCGCCCGCUGUACAGGGAUAUGUACGCGUGGGUGGAAGUGCGGCACAGGGCCAUUGACAACUUCCUGGCUCAGCGGGCCGUGAUGCACAGCACGACGGUCAAACUGCUGGAGAAAGAUCUGCACCUGACUGACUGAGUGAGAGAAGGAGGGAGGGCCCACGACUGAGUGAGUGAGUGAAGGAAGGAGGGAGGAAGAUCUACACCUGACCGCCUGAGUGAGGGAGUGACUGAAUGAGUGAAGGAUGGAGGACCCACAUCUGAGCGACUGAGUGAGUGAGGGAAGGAUGGAGGGCCCACAUCUGAGCGACUGAGUGAGUGAGGGAAGGAUGGAGGACCCACGACUGAGUGAGUGAGGGAAGGAGGGAGAAAGACGCCACCUGACCGACUGGGCGAGGGAAGAAUGGAGGACCCGGGAUCGUGAAAACAAACUUGUGUGGAGCGGGAGUUUAUACAAUCAUUACAAUCACCCUUUCUAUCAUGGAAAUUGUGUCAAUGGGGCACAAGGCAUGUUUACAAUCAUUUCAAAAUCCAUUUCUCUUCAACAUAUCAUGACCUCAGUGCUUUCUUGUCCUAAAUUCCAUUUUUUUGGGGGGGGGGGGGGAGAGUUUUUUUUUACCUUGAAAAUGCGACUUCUUCUUAAGCUCACUCUUUGUUGUGAACUGUAAUCACCGUUAUUAAAACUGGAGAGAGGGCAAGAAAGCCUUGACGUCGCGAUAGGCUGUGAAGAGACAGAUGAUGGUAUUGUGUCUAGCCCGUGUCUGUGAUUUUUCCAUCAUUUCUUUCUGCAAAAUCAGAAAAUGUAUGAUGAGAGAGAAAUUUAGCCAGUGGCUUUUGACAUCUUUCUAACUCGCCAGGCUCAUUGUGAUCUUAAUGAAUUUUUAAAAAAUGACAUAAAACUAACAGAAGUGGCUCAAAAAUGUAAGAAAUCAAACUCACCUCGUUUUACUAAGUGUAGUUAAAGGCACGGGACCAAAAAAAAAA